AAUAAUCACCGGAAGUUCUUAGCAAAAGCAUCAAAGGAGCCGCUGUGGUUCCGGAUCAGCUCAGAAUGGUACCGAGAAUGAAGCGGGUUCCGGCUUUGACCGCCUGACCUCUACCUGUUGGAUUGGUCCGACUUCCAGAGGGCACCUGAACGCCUCACGGCCCGCAGAGAAAUGACGCAGAGAAGUUUCACUUCCUCCGCCGCUGCAGGAAGCUUCAGUUUGUAGCCGCUGGAGCAGCAGGAGGUUCGGCUGCUGUCGCUGCUGGAGCGGUCCGGAGAGCAGGCUGGCUAGAAAGCUGCGGUGAACAUGGGUCAGGCGGAGGAAGUCAUGGUGUCGUAUCUAAGCCUCCUGACGUGCCACAGGGAGCUGCUGGUGUCCACGCUCAGGAGCAUUCAGUGCGUCCUGGAUAACCUGCUGGGAAGCGGCUUCUUCUGUCAGGAAGAUGUGGAGAUCGUUCAACGAACCGCCACCAAACCAGAUCAGGUGCGCAAAAUCCUGGAGCUGGUUCAGUGCAAAGGAGAGGAAGCCUGUGAAUACUUCCUGUUCAUCCUGUAUGAAAUACGUGAUGCGUACAUCGACCUGCAGCCGUGGCUGCUGGAGAUCAACUACAAGCCCAGCAGAGAAAUCAGAGAGAUGAAAGUGGUGAACACCGACCCCAUCAGCAGGUAUAGUGAGAAGCUACGCCAUGAGAUGAGCAGAGACACCUGCUUCAUCCUGUCCUACGGUCAGCAGGACGAGACGCGGCUGGAGGAGCUCUACACGGACACGGUGAUGGAGAUGAUCAAUGACUGUAACGAGAGUCUGGGCUUCUUGGAGAGUCUGGACCAGCUGCUGGGAGACGACGGCGUUUUUAACCCCCAAGGGGAAAUCAUCUAUGUGGUGGGGGACGCUGGCGUUGGAAAGUCCAUCCUUCUGCAGAAGCUCCAGAACCUCUGGUCCAAAAAGGAGCUGCAGACAGACGCCAGCUUCUUUUUCAAGUUUCGCUGCCGGAUGUUCAGCACCUUCAGGGAGGCAGAGCAGAUGUCCCUCAGAGACCUGCUGUUCAAAUACAACUGUUACCCGGAUCACGAUCCAGAGAACGAAGUCUUCGAUUACAUCCUGCGCUUCCCUGAGAAGGUUCUGUUCACCUUUGACGGCUACGAUGAAAUUCAGGAGGACCUGGACCUGAUUAAUGUUCCUGAGGUCGUAUCUCCGGAGGACAAAGCAGACGCCCUUCAGUUGCUCCUCAGCUUGCUCAGUGGAAAACUGCUCAAAGGCUCCAAGAAGGUCCUGACGACUCGCACUGGGAUCGAGAUGCAGAGUCGAGUCAUCAGGAAGAAAGUGGUUCUGCGUGGAUUUUCUCCAGACCACCUGAAGACGUACAUCAAGCUGCACUUCAGGGAGCAGGAGCACCGAGAGCUGGUGUCCGUCCAGCUGGAUGCCAGCCCCCACCUCUGUGGUCUGUGCUCCACCCCCCUGUUCUCCUGGAUCGUCUUCAAAAGCUUCAGGCACCUGCACACCAUGCAUGACAUCUUCCACCUGUCUGAGAACAGCAUCACACUAACAGACAUCUUUCUCCUGCUGUCGGAGGUCUUCCUCAGCCGCCUGGCCGCCGCUCCUUCUCCUCUGCUAAAGAAAAGCACCCGCUGCAUCUCAGAGACCUUCAGGGUGGGGCUCAGGCCGCUGGCUGCCUUUGCUAAGCUUGCCCUGCAGGGUCUGGAGAGAGGAAGCUUUCUGUGCAGCCGGGAGCAGCUGGCUGAGUGCGGUCUAACCGAGGACGACAUGGCUCUGGGCUUCCUCAGACCCGUCCAUGACUUUGACGCCAGUGAAGCUCCCGCUACCUUCGAGUUCAUCCACAUUACGCUCCAGUCCUUCUUGGCUGCCUUUGCUCUAGUGUUGGACGAGCAGACCUCGGCCAGCUCCAUCCUCAAGUUCUUUGCAGAGUGCAGCAGACGGAGGGAGACGUUCUGUCUGCCGUUAGCAUCCUGCAUCGGCAGCUCAAUGAAGCCCAGCGAGAAGAAGCCGUUCUCGACCAACGAGCAACUGCAGUUCACCAACCUGUUCCUUUGUGGCUUGCUGUCAAAGACUCAGGCUGCUCUCAUGGGAACUCUGCUCUCUCCCGUUCUGUUAAAGAGAAAAAGGGCCCUGCUGAAGGCCUACCUGUCCACCAGUGUGAAGGUCCACCUGGAGGGCUUACCCCAUUAUAACGGUGAGGAAGGCCAGAAAGUUCAUGUCCUGCCAAACUUCCUUUGGAUUCUACGGUGCAUCUUUGAGACGGGGAGCAAAGACAUCGCUAAAAUGACGGCCAAAGGCAUCACGGCCAACUUCAUCAAGCUUGGCUACUGUAAUGUCUUCUCAGGGGACUGCACUGCCAUCAACUUUGUGCUGCAGCACCGGCAGAAGCUGCUGGGUCUGGACAUGGACAACAACAACAUCAGUGACUAUGGGGUCAAGCAGCUGCAGCCCUCGUUUUCUAAGAUGACGGCAGUGAAAUUGUCGGUCAAUAACCUAUCAGACAGAAGCAUUGAGGUUCUGGCUGAAGAGCUCUGCAAACACAAGGUUGUGAAGAUUUUAGGACUCUACAACAAUAACAUCACUGAUGCUGGAGCCAAACUGGUCGCUCAGAUGAUUGAGGAAUGCCCUCAGCUAGCAAUUGUCAAGAUUGGUAAAAACAAGAUCACAGGUGUCGGUGGAAGGUGUUUGGCCAACGCCAUUAAGAAGAGUACUUCCAUAUUUGAUGUUGGAAUGUGGGGCAACAGCAUUGGUGAUGAGGGAGCAGAAGCAUUUGCUGAAGCCUUGAGGAACCACAGAAGUCUCACCAACCUCAGUCUGUCUGCCAAUGGCAUCACUUCAGAAGGGGGCAAACAUCUGGCAGAAGCACUGAAGGAGAACAGCGUCCUGAGGAUCUUCUGGUUGGUGCAGAAUGAGAUGAUGGAUGAUGCAGCUCCCCACUGGGCCCAGUUGGUUCAAGCAGACACUGGGCUGACCCACCUUUGGUUAAUCAACAACCGCUUCACAGCUGCUGGGAUCCAACACUUCGCUGAUGCUUUAGCUUCCAACACCAAGCUGAAGGAGAUCUGCUUUAAAGGAAACCUGCUCACUGAAGAGGAACAGAAACUGUUUGAAUCAGAGAAACGGCUUCUUUUCCACUGAUAGAACUGCUCUUUUCCUCCUGGAUGGAACCAUGAACUGCUACUGUGCCACAUCCUGAACCAGAGCCUGUUAAAGGCCUCAAUUCAAUUCUGUUUAUUUAUAUAGCGCUAAUCCACAACACAAGUCAUGUCAAGACACAUUACAGUUCACCCUCAAACACUGCAGAGAUCCAGCUGUGACUGCAGCUGCAUCCUGUGUUCCGUUAGCAUU